AUGCCUCAUCCCCGAAGGUACCAUUCCUCAGAGCGAGGCAGCCGGGGGAGUUACCACGAACACUAUCGGAGCCGGAAGCAUAAGAGACGAAGAAGCCGCUCCUGGUCAAGUAGCAGUGACCGGACCCGGCGGCGCCGGCGGGAAGACAGCUACCACGUCCGUUCCCGGAGCAGCUACGAUGACCGUUCAUCGGACCGGCGGGUGUACGACCGGCGAUACUGUGGCAGCUACAGGCGCAACGAUUACAGCCGGGACCGGGGAGAAGCGUGCUACGACCCGGACUACCGGCACUCCUAUGAGUACCGUCGGGAGGACAGCAGUUACCGCAGCCAGCGCAGCAGCCGGAGGAAGCACAGGCGGCGGAGGCGGCGCAGCCGGACGUUCAGCCGCUCGUCUUCGCAGCACAGCAGCCGGAGAGCCAAGAGUGUAGAGGACGACGCUGAGGGCCACCUCAUCUACCACGUCGGGGACUGGCUACAAGAGCGAUAUGAAAUUGUCAGCACGUUGGGAGAGGGGACCUUCGGCCGGGUUGUCCAGUGUGUCGACCAUCGCAGGGGUGGGGCUCGAGUCGCCCUGAAGAUCAUUAAGAACGUGGAAAAGUAUAAGGAAGCAGCUCGACUUGAAAUCAACGUCCUGGAGAAGAUCAACGAGAAGGACCCUGACAAUAAGAACCUCUGUGUCCAGAUGUUUGACUGGUUUGACUACCAUGGCCACAUGUGUAUCUCCUUUGAGCUCCUGGGCCUUAGCACCUUCGAUUUCCUCAAAGACAACAACUACCUGCCCUACCCCAUCCACCAAGUGCGCCACAUGGCCUUCCAGCUGUGCCAGGCCGUCAAGUUCCUCCAUGAUAACAAGCUGACACAUACGGACCUCAAGCCUGAAAAUAUUCUGUUUGUGAAUUCAGACUAUGAACUCACCUACAACCUAGAGAAGAAACGAGAUGAACGCAGCGUGAAGAGCACAGCUGUGCGGGUGGUGGACUUUGGUAGUGCCACCUUUGACCAUGAACACCACAGUACCAUCGUCUCCACUCGCCAUUACCGAGCACCAGAGGUCAUCCUCGAGUUGGGCUGGUCACAGCCUUGUGAUGUGUGGAGCAUAGGCUGCAUCAUCUUCGAGUACUAUGUUGGCUUCACCCUGUUCCAGACGCAUGACAACAGAGAGCAUCUAGCCAUGAUGGAAAGGAUCUUGGGUCCUAUCCCUUCCCGGAUGAUCCGGAAGACAAGGAAGCAGAAAUACUUCUAUCGGGGCCGCCUGGAUUGGGAUGAGAACACAUCAGCAGGGCGCUACGUGCGAGAAAACUGCAAACCACUGCGGCGGUAUCUGACCUCCGAGGCAGAGGAACACCACCAGCUCUUCGAUCUGAUUGAAAGCAUGCUAGAGUAUGAACCUGCUAAGCGGCUGACCUUGGGUGAAGCCCUUCAGCAUCCUUUCUUCGCCCGCCUUCGGGCUGAGCCACCCAACACCAAGUUGUGGGACUCCAGUCGGGAUAUCAGUCGGUGACGAUCAGGCCCUGGGCCCCCCUGCGUGUCCUGCAGCAGUGGGUGUCCAGUCCAGGACACUGGUGCUUUUUUAUAUCCGAGAACAGAGCCGGAGCCAGCUCCUUCCUCCUGGCUCCCUGUAUACCUGUGAAUAUGUGAAAUAGUGUAAAUACGGAAGAACUUGUACCUACUGCUUCGUCCCCAGCCUUGUACAGAAUGCUGUUCCUUC